AUGGCCCCAUCAGCAAUCGACGCCGACGUUCCGGUGGUCACCAAAAGUGUGGCCCGCGAGCCCCUCAAGCUCUCAGGGGCGCUCGACUCCUAUGAAUCAUUCGAUGUUACGCCCGUCAUUGGUCGAGAGUUCCCCACGGCCAAUUUGAACGAGUGGCUCACUGCAUCCAACUCGGACGAGUUGCUCAGGGAUCUCGCCAUCACCAUCUCUCAGCGUGGCGUCGUGUUCUUCCGCGCCCAGGAUGGCUUAACCAACGAGCUCCAGAAGCAGCUUAUCCUGCGGCUCGGAGAGCUGGUCGGUCGACCUGCCACCUCAGGGCUCCAUAUCCACCCUAUCCUCAACUCCGAGCGCGAGCUGGGAGGGAAUGAUCCCGAGAUUAGCACCAUCAGCUCGAUUCAGAACAAGAAGUUCUAUUCCAAGACAGUGUCGGACUCGCUCAGCCCCAAGAAGCAGAGCAGUGCCCAGUGGCACAGUGACAUUGCAUUCGAACCUGUGCCGGCUGAUUACACGUCCCUACGACUGGUGGAACUACCCAGCACCGGAGGAGAUACGCUGUGGGCUUCGGGCUAUGAAAUCUACGACCGCAUCAGUGAACCGUACCAGAAGUUCCUCGAAGGUCUUACCGCCACGUUUGAGCAGCCAUAUUUCCGGAAGGUGGCAGAAGACGCAGGGUUUCAGCUCUACGACAAGCCGCGGGGCGCUCCUGAAAACGUUGGUGGCGAGCUGAAGGCCAUCCACCCCGUCGUGCGCACCAACCCGGUCACGGGUUGGAAGAGUAUCUUCCCGGUUGGCGGCCAUGUCAAGCAUAUCAACGGCCUAACUGAAGAGGAGAGCUCCAAGCUCCUCAGUUGGUUUCUGGACCUAGUCUACAAGAACCACGACUUGCAGGUCCGCCUCAAGUGGAAGAACCCCAAUGACAUUGGUGAGUCCCCAUGGAUUGGAUACAGGUGGCAGUUGCUAACGUGCGAAGCUAUUUGGGAUAACCGUUCCGUUUUCCACACCGCCACAUUUGACUAUGUGGAAGGCAACUACGGUGAGCGGUUCGGGAACCGUGCAGUGGGUUUGGGCGAGCGGCCAUAUUUUGACCCCAACAGUACCUCGCGGAGGGCUGCAGCGAGUAACGUUUAA